AUGGCAUCGGACGAUCCCCCGUUAGAUCCGAACAAGAAUAAUGAGGAUCCAAUUGGCCAUUUUCCGAUAGACUCCGUCGAAGAUUUUGAUGAUGGCAACCUCCACGAUACCAGUACGACUGCUGCUUCCUCUGGGCAGAAGCGACCUGGGUUUCCCGGAGAUGACGAAGACGAAGGAGGCCACAGCAGCCCAUCCAAGAAAGUCAAGUCCGAUGGCUACCAAGGGCAUGACGACAACACGGACCACCCCUCCACUCCAGGUGGGAAGGAGAAUGGGGAUGUCCAUGAACACCAGCCUCAUGCAAUUCAUCCUCAUCCACUUCAUCAUGACCAACCACCACCACCCAAUCACAUGACGGAUGAUAAUACGGAUGAUAAUGCCAAGCAACCAGACGCACCACAGCAUCAUCAGGGAGCCCCAAUGGCACCAGGUUCUUCCUCUGAGCAAGCUCCUGCUACCCCCAAUAAUCAACCCAUUGGCAGCAAUAUGCAGCAACAACCGCACCAAGGAGGUUACUAUCCUUCCAUGUAUGGACAGUAUCCUGGCAUGAUGCAACCCUAUCCUCCAUACUCCUAUCCCCCGCCAUAUCCAGGCCCACCAGCGCCACCCAUGAUGCCUCCGGGACAACCACCGCCACCACCACAGGCGGCCGCUACACCACCCCAACAGGGGCCUCAUUCGCCCAGUAGUGCCAACCACGGACAACAACAGCAACAGAAUGUAGCAAGCCCAAAGGAUCGCAACAACAGCAGCAACAGCCACCUCAUUAUCACCAUCCACAAGCAGCAUAUUACCAACAACCUCCACCCGAUCAUCCCUCUUCGCCCUCUCGUCAUGCCUACCAAUAUCCAGGAAUGGUGCCACCCAUGCACAUGA